AAAUAUUUUUGCAGCUUGAACAAUUCAUUUUCUAUUUCGUUUCGAUAUUUAUAACUGCGUUGAUCAUUUUCAAGUAAUUCUUGGGAGUAUUUCAAUAAUUUCAGUUUGUCAAAUCUAAAAAAGUGAAAACAUUUACUCGCAAAUUAGAGUUGAAAGUUUUCAGAUGAUAUCUUUCUUAUCGACGCAAAAUAUGACUGAGAAUUUAGUUGCAAAAUUUUCCAAGAGGGCGUUAGUGCAUAGUGAAUUUUCAAACUACGUAGACAGACCCAGUAAAACUGGCGGUUAUAAUGUUAUGAAUGAUUUUAGCAAGCCUUUCAAGUCGGUGGCUUUGCUCAAGGAAAAGGAAAAACAUUAUCGUAAUAAUAGUCGCAUGACAAAUGUCUGAUAAAAAGUUAACGAGUGGCAUUGUUACCUUCAGCGAAGCAGAAUAUAAUGAUUAUCAAAAAUCUCUAUCGUCAAGAAAAGAAUGGCCCGGUAUCAAUGUCAAUGCUGCUAAAGAUUCACGGGUAACGUUAAACACACCGAUGCUAAUUAUGGAGUUGUAUCGAUUAGUGCCUUAUAAGGAAGGCCGUUAUAUACACUUUCACCCAUUCAAUAUGCCCCAUAUUAAAAUACGUAAGAUCGAGCUAGUUGGACUUGUCACAAAUGUUAAACACAACAUCAAUAAUCUGUUUCUGACAAUUGAGGAUGGCACAAGUGUGAUAGAGAUUCACUAUAAACUACAGCAGUACAUGUCCACGGUGGAACAGAGGCGACAGAUUAAUGAAAAGUAUAGAUACCAAGCUGAAAAUUUAAGACAAAGUGAAACCAAAGUAGUUGCAAAUCUUCCAAAUAAACUUCCUCAACCACGUCCAGGAUUCUGCUAUUCACGUGAUACGUGUCUGCAAGAUGUAGCUGUGCUGGAAAACGAAUGGUGGUUAGAGACAAACAAUGGCUUUUUGGGUAAAACCAUUCUGCCUUCUGAUUAUAUAUACGUCAUUGGAUAUCCAUCUCUCGACGUGAGAUUUCAAGAGAUACCGCAAGAUAUUACAGCAGAGUUUAUUGAACAUGCAAAACUGACCGUGUUUGCGCUAUCUGUCACGUGUAUUUCAGAAGAGACAUACAAUAACAAAUUAUCAGCAUGGAUAAAUACCACUGUUUCUCAAAGAUAUAAAGAAGCAGAAAAGGACCUGACUGUGCCGCGAAAAAUAUCUGAUGCGUCUAAGGAUGAGAUAUUACAUUGAGAUAUAAUUUAUAAUUACAUAUAUGUUCAUAAAUACAUAGAAUGAUCCUCAACACGAUUGAGUAAUUAACUUCGAUAUACUUGAAAUCAAUCAAAUAAAUUCAAUAAAUCACGGAAAAAAUGA